AUACUGUAGAAGCCGAGAACAGAAAAACCCUACGACAGCAAAAUUCCAUGGCGACACGGAUCUCCCAGAAGAAGGAGGGUUUAAACCCUAACGCCGAAAACAAGCCGAAGAAGAAGAAGAGAAUCACGAGACACACAAACAACGAUCUACCAGACGAAAUACUCCAUCACAUAUUCUCUUUCCUCCCUUUCAAACCCCUCGCACAGACCACCGUUCUCUCCAAAAACUGGAAUCACCUACCCCUAUGGCGUUCCCACCCUCACCUCGACUUCUCCAACCUCUCUCCCAAUGCUAUCGAGCUCGUACCAACGCUGUUAUCUCGCCGUCAACCCCACUCCAAUAUUACCGCCUUUCGCCUCUCCGGUUGUGUAAGUUCCUCUUGCUUGCGCGAUUGCAUCGACCGAGUAAUGAAGCAGGGAAUCGAACAACUCGAGCUCGACGUUCAUUUUGAAGAUAGCUUUGAUCUACCUUCGAGUUUGUUCAGUUGCGACACGCUUAGGGUUCUCACAUUGAAUCACCAAAAUAAGGGACAAACUGAAAACGGUGCACGCCAGGCACGGCAGGCCUUCCGUGGGUUCACACCUUUUCCGUCGGUCCACACCUUGUCUCUAAGUAAUGUACGCUUGAACUGUGGUCGGGAUUUGUUUUCUGGGAAAAACUUCCCUCUCCUUAGGAAACUGGGGUUGAAAAAUUGUGGAGGAAUUUCUGGUCUUUUAAUCAAAUGCCCGGGCCUAGAAAUUUUAGAAAUUGACCGUUUGCGGCUAAGUGGUUUGGAUAUUUCUGGCAUUGGGUUACUGGAAUUACGAAUCACAAAGUGCUUCCAAUAUGUCAAUAGUUGGGCAAAUAUUUUGGCUCCAAGUUUACAGAGUUUAUAUUGGGAAGGCAAAGUUUCUGUGAAAUUUACAGUAGAAAGCUUCAGAGUCCUCAAAACAUUCUCCCUUUGGUUUUACUACAAAGUACCAAAUAGAGCGACAUGGCAGAGUGUAUCCACAUUACUAUCGGCAAUCUGUUUUGUAAGAUCAAUGACCUUUGUCGGGAGUGGAAGCCGAGUUCUUGAGACUUUGUCAAAAAUAGAUUCUGAAGGUGGUCUUCCAUGUUCUUUCAAUAACCUCAUCACCUUGGAGCUCCAUCCUAGGAUGACCAAAGAUGAAAUCACAGGGAUAAUAUGCUUGCUUAGAAGCUCUCCAAUACUCCGGACCAUCACUAUAACUGCAAAUAGUUGUUCCCACCCUGGAAAUGAGAAGUGGAACGAAAAACAAUAUUGGAUAUCUCAAAUUCAAAAACUCAAGUCUAUCGAGUUUCAACUGAAGGUUGCAAGGAGUAAUGUGUGCGGUAGUAAGAUGCAUAAGAGUGCAGUCUAGUUAGUGAAAUUGUUGUUUGGGCAUGGAAGAGCAUUGCAGGAAAUGACCCAACUUUAAAGACCAAACUAGUUGUUCCUCCUCACCAGCGGUAAAUGAUUCUUUUUGAGAUAAUGAAGUUUGCACGGCCAUCUUCUAAUGUUGUAAUCUCUUUUCUUCCAUAGAACCCCCUAAUUGAGGGAGAAGCUUUCUUAUAAGUUCUUUGGCAGAUGGUUUUUUUUUUUUUUUUGGCACAUUUAUGUUUGAAACUUUUAUACUAGUCAUUGGCAUUUUUGUCCAAAAAGAUUUUGUUGUCCUGGCCUUUUCAAAGUGCUUUGUGCUUAGCCAUAGUGCGUGCCUUCAGUUUUCAAUGCAUUUACUAGAAGUCUAGUGUGAACUCUUGUAACAAUGUGGGUGGUUCAAUGGGUAACUGUUUGAGUUCAAGUCUUCAUAGUAUCCGUAGUCCUCUGGUUGACUCCACCGAUCUGCUCUGGGCUGCUCAUCCGUCGAUAAGAUCACCCGCAGACAUGAUGAGAAAGUGUGAGUUUGCUGGGCGAUUUUCUUCAGUUCAUCGGAGCUUUGGUCGCAGUGAAUUUACAGUCUAUGUUGACAAUCUACCCAACUGCUGCGCGACGCCAUGGUUCAGGUUGGUCUUUUCUCAAUACGGCUUCAUUGAUGAAACGUACUUACCAAACAGGAGGAGCAAGAGAACGGGGACCAGAUUUGGCUUUGUAAGAUAUAUAGAAAUUGGGGAGAUGCUAAGUCGGCGGUAGCCAUGGCUAACAGGCUGCUGUUCGUUAGCCGAAGUAUUAUUGUGGAAAUGGCAAGAUACGACAGUGGCUUCAAGCGGCGCGAUUCUACGCGAUUUGGUUCAGGAUCUCAGAACCAUGAGAUUUCUAGGGUUCCGAAUGCUAAAAUACCCCAUAUUCAGGAUGAUUUCAGAGCACCAAGAGGUAAGCCAAAGUCUAUUCCAGUACCUCAAAAUCAUUUUCACACUGAAUCAAGCCAGAUCCCCAAUAUGGGGAAUCUUAAGGAGCUAGAGAAAGGUUACACUAAAUUUUCAACCUACUGCUUCUGGUUGGUUGAUGACAAGUGCAGUUGCCAAGCUAAAAGAAAUUACUACUAUGGAAAUUGUACAACAAGCUCUUGAAGAUCUCGAUUUUCAAGAUGUUUCAGCCAAAUCGUUGGGAGGUAUGGAUUUAAUUAUUACUUUCCAGUCCAAAGAAGAUAGACAAGCUGCAUUAAGAAAUCCAAAGAUCCAGGGAUGGUUCAAAUCUUUUAAACCAUGGAAUGGUGAACCAAGUGGGAAAUCUCGAUUGGUGUGGCUUAAAUGUAGGGGUAUUCCACUUAACGUUUGGAGCUUGUCCAGUUUUAAACGUAUUGGGGAGAUAUGGGGUGAUUUUAUUACACUUGAUCAGGAGACGUUGAAAGAGGAAUCUUACGGUGUGGGGAGAAUGAUGAUCGCAUCUGAGUAUUUAAAUCGUAUUGAUGAAUGGAUUAAUAUUACAGUAAGAGGCAGGAAUUGCCACACAAGGAUUUGGGAAGAGGAUUGUGAUGAUCCUUUCAAAGAAAAACACAUUCGCGAUUGGAUCAAUAACCACAUCUCCAUCCUGGUGACAAAUCCCAAGUCCAGAGAGGAUGUCACUGGUUGGGAUGGUGAUUUGGCAGAGGAAAGAGCUCUGGACAAACCAAAUCUUGCUGAGUUGGAAGCAAAGUCAGCAGAUAAAGCAGUUACAGAAGGGAACUUGACAUCUACUUUGCUGCUAAAGGAUGGAAACUCAAGAAUAGUGCAUGUUCCUAGGGAGGAUGUUAUUAUUGCAAAUGCAACUGCUCAAGAAGCUGAACAGUCUAUAGUGGGGGAGUCUCUGGCUCAAAACAAUCAACCAAUAGGAAAUAAGGAACAACAAGCUGACCUGGAGGAGAUCCCAGUGAAACAAGCCGAAGUUAUGCAUAACCAAUGUGUUAUCUCAAACCCUGAUGUCCAAAUAGUGUUACAAAAUGUCACCAAUGAGGCGGCUGCUGGUGACAUGCUAUCUUCAUCUUCGGGGGUUGAGAAAUCAGCCAUGGGAAGUGGAAAGGUCAGGGGAAGCGUUGGGGAAAGAAAUGUAAAUAUUGUUUUUCAAAAUAUCAGUUUGGCCCCUUUAACUAUUAUUGAACUACAUAGAAAUAUGCAGUUUCCAAGGGCAAAGCUGAGUAAUUUGGUAGAUGAUCAAGUCAGUUGGGUAGCUAACUCUGUCAGUGAAAAGCUAACAUCAACUGAAAUUUCAAGGGAGGAAUAUGAUGAGGAUGAACCUCUCCUUGAUCAUAAUGAAGACAAUCCCAUUGAGGAGGAACCUAUUCUUGCUCCUAUAAAAGCUGCCAUAAACGGGGUUUAGGGAAAGAAGAGGAGGAAGACUAUUGAUGACAUCCUAGGCUUCACAAAGGUCAACUCCGCUAACAAGGGAAGGAAAAAUAAACAAAAGUGUGAGGUUUACAGAUCAGCAGUUGCAGCACUUGCAUUAUCUGCUUCUAUUUCUUCUGGAGGAUUUGUAAACAGAAAUAGAAUUUUAUUGAAUGAGGCACAAGCUGUUUGGGCAUGCAACAAAAUCAUAGGCUUGGGAUAUGAUGGAGAUGAAGAUGAAGUUGUAAGUAAAAUUGCAGAGAUGGAAGCCCAGGACUUGGACAGAGCUGACGGAGCAAAAAUCUGUAUCUGAGGACUCAAUAUGGUGGAAUGAUGUCUGUGAAUUUUGGAAGUAGAUGCUGUUGGAAGCACUGGUGGCCUUCUCUAUAUCUGGAACUCAACUUUUUUGCUUGGAGGAAACUGUGGGAUCAAGAUACUGCUUGGCCUUCUCUUGUUGCAGCAGGGGAGCUCAUGGCUAUCCGCUUACAACAUUGAGUGGAUUUGGCUGCUUCAUUAUCAUGACCAGGUUUCAUUGAUGGAUUGGAUUCAGUGCUUGGAUGUUGCCUAAUCCCUUGUGCAACAAUUUCUGUUGUUUUUUGGAGUACUACAUUUUGGUGGACUGAGGCAGCAGUUCUACCGAUCUUUGGACUGCUGCUUAUUGCUGUUUUUGGUACUGCUGCUCUUGCUUUUUGGAUUGCUUCUUGCUGCAUAACCUGUUGAUGAACUUAUGUUGAUCUGAAUUGGAUGCCCAAUUUACUGAAUGGGGUGGAAUAUGCUGAUGAAAUAUGCCACUGCUGUUCUCUCUUGGAAGUUAUUUCAGACCUUACCUUACAAAAGGUUUCAACCUGCUGCCUUGUCAAGUGCAUGGGAUACAGAUGAGGAUUUAAUGCGUAUUGUUGUGCUACUAUUGGGAAAAGACUUUUAGGGUGAAGCAUUAUGCUUGUAAUUUGGGUCUAUGAACCUUGAAAUUUGGGUGUGUUGUUCGGGUUAAUUUCAUAAUUCCCAAAAUGACUUAUAUAGUACCUUGGUGGUGGUGGUGGUCGAAACAAUGGGGUGGAUCCACUCGUCUAUCUUGUUCUUCCAUUUCUUCUUCUCUGUCACGAUUGUUGAGAGGGGAAAAGUGAGAGAUGGAACCAGGAAUGAGAAAUUACUGCUUAUGAAAUCGAAAACCCUAACAGAUCUCAAUCGAACGAGAGAUUCGAACCCUAACUCAUGGGAUCCAUAAU